CGUGCCCAGCGCCGCCACCGCGCGCUCCACCAGGGCCUCCAGCGACGUGGCGCAGAACCUGGCCUCGGUGUCCCCGGCGGGCAGGGUCCGCUCGCAGGUGCGCAGCGUCUCUGCCAUGGCGGCGGCCCUGGACGAGCCUGGUGGGACACCCAGGAGCGCGAGGACGGCCGGAAGCGCCGCCGUCGUGAACGGGAUGGAGUCCGCGACGCCGCGUGGCAGGAGACCCAGCGCGGCUGGCGCCGCGGCCCGGAAGUGGAUCGACAGCCGCUCGCCCACGCGCACCGCCUCCUCGUGGAAGAACACCGACGUCGGGGUCCUCGGCGUCGGCGUGGCCGUGGCCGCCCCACCGCCUCGUGUCGCCGCACGGGGGCGAGGGAUCUCGCGAGGGGGGCGAGGGGCGGCCGCACAGGGGCGAGGGAUCUCGCGAGGGGGAGAGAGCGAUUGGAGGCGUGAGGUUUCUUUUGGAUGGCGAGGAGCGAGGUUUCCUUUUGCGUGCGUGGGGCUGAUCGCGGUAUCGCAACUCAGGAAGCGGACCGACGGAACCAAAUAA